UCUUGCUCCCUGGCAAUAGCUGAGCUCCCUGUGAUUGGGAGGGGGGGGAAGGCAUGGUGAUCACUGAACCCUGAAGGGAGCAGUUCAGAGGAGGAAGGGUGCUGAGGCCCAAGUAGCUCCCAAGCAAUCCAGACUGGAAAUCAAAUCUGGUUAGAUCACAGUUUAGAUCUGAGAGCUCAUUUGGCCACCAGAGAUCCUAAGGAGGCAAAGGAUGGACUAAUGCUUUCAGAUGCACAGCAGCAGCAUUUUAGCCACUUGAUUAGAAGAGUUUAAUCUGUUGGGAGACAGCCAAGAAAGCUAGCCACUGCCUUCCUGAUCUAUAGACCACCUAGGUUUGAUUCUGUCCCCAGCAGGAACCGACUGUCUCCUUCAUGGAGGAUGACAGUGAACAUGUGCAGAGCUGCUGGGCGUAUCUCCCUGAUGUCUGCCUCAGCCAUGUGUUCUGGUGGUUAGACGACAGGGACAGAUCCCAGGCUGCCUUAGUCUGUAAGAGAUGGAGUCAGGCCAUGUACUCGGGGUCUCUCUGGAGAACCAGAACCAUCACCUUCCGUGGGAUGCCUUCUAGGUUGCACACAGCAGAGCUUGAAUCUUCUCUGUGGUACGUCAAGAAAUUUGGCAAGUACUUGGAACACCUCGAGAUCAGGUUCCUGAAUCCUUACAAUGCUAUCUUGACGCGAAAAUUUCAAGUGACAAUGAAAGGGCUUCUCUCGCGCUUGGGCAAAUGUAACAGCCGACUGGUGUCCUUGAGUAUGCAGCACCUGGAGUUGGACCGAUUGGUCUGGAAAAUCAUAACCAGGAAUCAGUUUAUCAAGAACCUAAUACUUUUCCUGAAAAGAGUAGGCUCCCAUCUGGAUCAUCUCAGCUUGAAAGGAGCCAGGGUGACGUUGGAAGAAGGCUGUGAGCUUUUGAGCUCUUUGAGCUACUUGAAAAAUAAAAGCCUUGCCUCUGAAGUCAACAUAGAAAAUUUCUUCGAGCGUCACCUCGCUGUCUACAGAAGCCCCCUGUUUUAUGAAACCAUGUCCAAGUUCCGCAAUCUGGCCAUCCUGACCCUCAAUUACAACUGCAUUUCCGAUGAACUGCUGGACACGCUGUGUGAACAUAAUGCCCAUUCUCUCUGGACCCUAAAUAUAAAAUGCCAUAUCCAUGACCCUCAUAGGCAAAUAAUUUGGGGGGCAUCCUGGGCAAACCUAGGCAAGAGAGCCCCAAAACUCAGAGUGAACUUCUUCUUUGAAAGAGUCAUGAAGCAUGACAAGUUAGCCAGGAUCCUGUUAGCAGAGAUCCCUGUCAGGAGCAUCAAUCUACGCAGCUGUUAUUUCAGGGACCCGGACUGGACAAUGAGACCCACCCUAACCAAUCUCUUGCCAUCUUACAAGCACAUCCUACAGAAAUUAACCCUUGAAUUCAACAACAGCCAUGAAUUCCUGGAUGAGGAACUCCUGCAGCUCGUGUUGUCAUGCAGGAAGCUGUUCUUUCUGAAAAUCUGGGCCUUCCUCGAUAUCACGUUUGUAGAGAGGCUGCUGCAAAAUCAGGUGGAAGGCAAAUGCACCUUGCGUACGCUGAAGGUGAGGAUUUAUACAAGUCAGCACGAAACCAACCAAGAGGACCACAUGUUGAGAGAAAUUUACAUAAGAUACAAAGACCUGAUUAAUUCAGAGCUGAAUUAUUUUGUCAUCGCCUACCCGAUGAUGUGAGGACAGUGUGAUCCGUGAGGGGGAAAAAAAUAAAAAAUAAUUAAAAAAAAAAAAGUA